UCGAUAUUUAGAGAACGUCAACAAUAAUAUAAUAAACAAAAUAAAAUAAAAACAAUUAAUAUUUAAAUUUAGCGGAUGUUUAAGAAUAGGAUCUAAUUUAACAAACUAAAUAUAUUAAAAACAAAACUUAAAGAAAUAAUAGAAAAUUUAACAAUGUCGGCAUAUGAAAAUUUACCUGGGAGAUUGUUGUCAUAGUGUUGUCAACAAAAUAUUAUGAUUUUUAUUGAUUUCAGGAAUUAAAAAUUAAAUAAGAGAUUAAUUGAAAAAAGCAAAAUGUUUGGUGGUUUUCGGUGCACGGUCCCGGCUAAUGCCGAUCGCAAAGUGGAUACAGCCAACAAUCUUUUUAUAGAGACUGUAAUGGAACAGGAGCGGCGUGUAAAGGAUUUGAGGGCUCAGGAAAUACAAAUGACUGCCGAGAACCCACGCAUACGCGCGCAACAAGAAACGACGGACAUUUCAAUAGAACUAAAAGCGCAAAAAGUUGAGGAUUUCUUAGAUAAAAAACGACGACAACAGCUUCGCCAAAAUAACUUGGAUCUGCGGCAGUUAGAGAAGCAGUUAAAGGCUGCGUUUAUAUCCAAACAAUUAGCGGAGCAGAAGGUUGCCACCGAUAAACUCAAGGAGGAGCAAAUGAAAAAGAAACGUUUGGAGGAUGUUGAGUUUGAUGCGGAGCAAAAACGUUGCAAAGAAGCGCUGGUAGAAACAGAAAAAAAGGAAUUCAAAAAGAAACAAGAAUUCCGCAACAUUCUCUUGGGUCAAAUGGAGGAAUCCCAACAACGGCGAAAAAUUGAAUAUACUGAGGUUUUAAAAGAAAGGGAUGAGAUGCAAAAAUUAUUGCAAAAGUACAAAGCAGAACACGAAGCUGAGUUAUUGGAGCUGGAACGAAGGAAGGAAACGGCCAAAAAAGAAAUGGACGAGUUCAAAAGACUACAAGAUGCACUUAAAUUAGCAAAUAUGACUCAAAAGAUGGAUGAAGUAGAACGAUUCCAAGCGAUGAUGAAGGAACGGGAAGAGAAGAAUUUGCAAACCAAAUUAGAAAGAGAUGCUCAAACCCAAAGGAGAGCGGAACUAAGUGACAGAAUUGGACAACAGUUGUAUAAUGUUGAAAGCGAAAAACGAAAACGUGAAAAUCUUUUAUUGGAUUUAUUGGUUGAGGAGCGCAAUACAAAUGAGGACAUCAGAUAUAAGCAAAAUUUAGAAAAGCAAUGGAACGAUCGUUUACAAAUGCGAAGGGAAUUUGAGCGUUAUCGCGCAGAACGAGAACGUCGCAAACUUGAGCAAGAGGAAAAUGAAGACGCUAUAUUCCUUGCUGAUAUGCGAAAACAGUUGGCAGAACGUGAUAAGUUGGAUCAAUUGGCAGAUGAAAAACGUCGUCAAAAAAUAAGAGAACAUGGUCGAGCAAUACAGGAAAUGAUAGAGUUGCGACGACGUCAGCGUGCAAUUGAUGCUGCUGAAGAGAUUAAGUGGCAUGAAUAUUUAUUAAACGAAGAAAGAAAACAAUUACAAAUGGUUGAAGACGAACGCCUACAAAUGCUCAAAAGUGCUCCAGUUGACGUUUUGCGGUAUCUACCUUCCGGAGUGUUGAAGGAUGCGGAUCGAAAAAUUCUUGGUCUCCCCAGUCCUGGUAAAAAAAUCUGAUGCCUUUCCAUUCCUGUUCAAAAUUUGUACCUGUUUCGAUUUCAAAUAAAAUUAAUUUUAUAUUUAUAUUUUACUAAUAAACUCUUACACUUACCAAUUAUAAAAACUUGUACUUUAAGUUAAACCAAUAAGAAAUCGGUUACGCCUAAAAGUAUAAUGCCAAUAACUUAGUAUCAUUUUCAGAGUUGUUUGAAAUAUUUAAUUGUGCAUUAAUAACAAAAACCAUUAUUUUAGAACCAAAAACCUUAAAAAGACUAUGUGACUAUUCUGAAAAUUAAAAUUUUAUGUAUAUUUUUUACGAAAAAAAAUACUGUUUCAAAGCUUGAAAUGAACAGCGGCAAAAGUUUCCCGUAAGAACGCAGUCUUACGAAGAAUUGACAACUAUCUGAAUGUGUUUUCCCGGCAACAAAACGUCAAAAAUAUUUAGACCGAACGGCAACACUGAUUGGGUUAUCCAUUAAGCAAAAUAAUUUAAUUGCACGUGUGUUUUAGAUUAUUGUGGUUUUUAUUAAUAUUGUAAUAUUUACUGAUUUAAUUAACUGCUAUGCCUCCAGUAAGGAAGAAUAAACCCGAUAGUUCCAACAGAACUGAAAAGCAGCCCCUAGAGUCCAGUGGCGUUGUUUCAGGGCAAGUA